AUGGCUCCGCAAUAUUUGCAGGCCACUCUUAAACAUGGAGGUGGGAGUGUAAUCGUUUGGGGCUGUUUUGCUGGAAAUCGGGCAGGAGAUUUGGUUCGUAUUGAGGGUAUAAUGCGAAAAGAGCAGAAUUUGGAAAUAUUGGAAAAUCACGCUGUUCCCUCAGGACAAAGGAUUGUUAGGAAUAAUUUCGAAUUUCAGCAAGACAACGACCCUGAGCAUUCAUCUCGACUAUGCCGCAAUUAUUUGGAACAGCAGCAAGAACUUGGUGCAAUGAAAAUCACGACGUGGCCUUCCUAG